UCGUCGCCGGAGCUCGCAGCAAACAGAUCACAUGGCGACCCCUCAGAUCUCCCGCAAAACCCUCGCCCUCGUCCUCCUCCUCGUCGCCGCUGCCGCCGCGGCGCUCUCCCCGGCCGCCGCCGAGGGCGACGAGGUGCUGGCCCUCACGGAGUCCACCUUCGACAAGGAGGUCGGCCAGGACCGCGCCGCGCUCGUCGAGUUCUACGCCCCCUGGUGUGGCCACUGCAAGAAGCUCGCUCCUGAAUAUGAAAAACUUGCGGCAAGUUUUAAGAAAGCUAAAUCAGUCUUGAUCGCAAAGGUUGACUGUGAUGAGCACAAGAGUGUGUGUAGCAAGUAUGGAGUGUCUGGCUACCCCACGAUUCAAUGGUUUCCCAAAGGUUCCCUGGAGCCCAAGAAGUAUGAAGGUCAACGGACUGCUGAAGCCCUUGCAGAAUAUGUUAACUCUGAAGCAGCUACCAAUGUAAAGAUAGCGGCAGUUCCUUCAAGUGUCGUGGUUCUGACUGAGGAGACCUUUGACUCAGUUGUCCUUGAUGAAACAAAAGAUGUCCUUGUUGAGUUCUAUGCCCCGUGGUGUGGACACUGCAAGAGUCUUGCUCCAGUAUAUGAGAAGGUGGCUUCUGCUUUCAAGCUGGAGGAUGGUGUCGUGAUUGCCAAUCUUGAUGCUGACAAACACACUAGCUUGGCUGAGAAGUACGGAGUUUCUGGUUUUCCCACAUUGAAGUUCUUCCCGAAAGGUAACAAAGCUGGUGAAGAGUAUGAAGGUGGCCGGGACUUGGAAGACUUUGUGAAGUUCAUUAAUGAGAAAAGUGGAACCAGCCGUGAUUCUAAGGGUCAACUUACUUCAGAGGCUGGGCUUGUGGCAAGUUUGGAUGCUCUUGUCAAGGAGUUCCACAGUGCAGCUGAUGACAAGCGGAAGGAAGUCCUCUCUAAAAUAGAAGAGGAGGCUGCAAAGCUCAGUGGCUCUGCUGCCAAGCAUGGAAAGAUCUAUGUGAACGCAGCAAAGAAGAUAAUUGAGAAAGGGUCUGACUACACUAAGAAGGAAACUGAGCGGCUUCAUCGCAUGUUGGAGAAGUCGAUCAGCCCUUCCAAAGCCGAUGAAUUCGUCAUCAAGAAGAACAUUCUUGCAAUCUUCUCCUCUUAAUGGCGAAUGUGUCCCAAUCUUGCCAAUGGGCUAUAGUCUGUAGUGCAACUCCCACCUGCCAUGGGCGGAAAGCCAAAAAUAGAAAGGAGAACUGAGGUCAGAGAGAGAUGGCAACGGAAGUUUAGUGACGAUAGAAUAACCUGUUGGGUUUUCUGUUGAAGAUCCCUUCUGUCUGCUGUUUACUUUUAUUACGGUGAUUGACUUAGCGCUAAAAUUUUACUCCAGAACAAUCUUAUCCAUCCAGCGAUGGCAUCAUAAUUUCUUUUGUAUAAUUUGGAAUUUCUUUUGUUGCAUAAUUUGGUAGUUUGAGCUAUAUAUCUUGUCAAUAUCUUUGGUUUGCAA